AUUCAGCGAGGACGCCUCCCUCCCUUCAUACAUAAUGAGUGUGUUGGUCCGUCCCCUCCCUCCUCCCCCGUGUGUCGAGGACUCGACUGUCAGACCUCAGACCCCUUCACGCAGAGCAGACGGAGAGUUCACUGAGGGGAAAACGGGAGGAAAUCUGUCUGUUAUUUAAUGGUUUGGACUCCUCUGCGGAGAGAUGAGACUGAAGAUCAGCGGCUACUGAAACAACAAACAGACAUGGACAAACAGAAAGUGCUGGCCAAGCUGUUCUGGGACCUGCAGUCCUUCCUGUCUGUUCUGGACUCAGAGAACCUGAGUUACAUCGCUCAGGCUCAGAAGAAAUCCAUCUCAGAGCUGCUCUGUAAACUGCAGACACAGGACACGCCGGUGGAAGACGCUGAGUACAUGAUCAUGAGCUGUCCGUCGUCGUCUCCUAGCAACGAGCUGACAGACACACCUGGGCCAGAAGGUGUCCAGUCCCCUGAGCUGGUCUCAAAGCAGGACUCAUCUCUCUGGCUGAGUAAUGGGGGCCCCGCGGUGCCGCCCCACCCGCCGGGAGGUCUAGGAGGUGACGAGGAGGAAGAUACCUACGAGGAGGCAGAACCCUACCUACCCGCUGACACAACCGUGUCGAACACUGAGAAGGCGGAGUCAGACAGCAGUCACUACGAGUCGUACGGCGAGGAAGAUGACGAUGACGAGGGGGAGGAGCUCGUGAAGGACAGGGCUCACUACAUCCGGUGGAGCGCCUCUCAGCCCUGCCUAAGGCCCGCCCCCGAGUCCCGCCUCUGUGGCUACCUGUGGAGGAGGAAGUGGCUCGGCCAGUGGACCAAACAGCUGUUCAUCAUCAAGAACACCUCGCUGCUGUGCUACAAGUGUGCUCAGGACCUGCUGCCUCAGCUGGAGCUGAGCCUGCGCGGCUGUCAGCUCGUCUACAAGUCAAAGAACAACGCCAAGAUCCAGCACCAGCUCAAACUGGUUCUGCUGGGCUCGGAGACACUGGUGCUGGGCUACAGCACCUUCCAGCAGGCCGACGAGUGGAGGAAGGUGAUAGAGGAGGUGAGUGCCGGAGGUGAAGUGGACACUCAGAGUUCAUCGUCUCUGAUCAGAUCAGAUCGGAGGCUGUCCUGCAGGUCCAGCACAGUCCAGACUGACUCUGAGGAGGAGAAACCUUCAGCUCGCUGCAGCCUCAACAAAGACAAAGGUUUCCUGAACGUGCUGAUGAACUGCCAGUGGCAGAGUUUACUGUGCCAGGUGGAGGCCGGUCUCCUCAACAUGUUCGGAGGUGAGGAGGAGGAGAAGGAGGAGCGGGACGAGGAAGGGGGCCUGAAGAGGGAGCGAUCUCCUCAGUACACCGUCCAGCUCAGAGGGUGCGAGGUCCGCGCCGGGCCCGACACCGACCACUCCUACAGGAUCUCACUGAGCGCGCUCGGUGAUCAGGUCGCUGUGCUGGAGGUCAGUAGUGCGGAGGAAAAGGAGCGGUGGUUGCGGCUGCUGCAGGACGGAGCCGCCAACCACAGUCACCGCGACGGCGACGCGCGGGAGGACGCAGGCGGAGCUCUCAGUGGGCUGCAGACUCGGAGGUUUCCCACCUCCAACACCUACAUGGACGACCCCUUCCAUCUGAGUGGAACAGGCCGAGACCAGCCCAUCUACUCCAACACCUCCAUGCUGGAGCACAUGAUCCACAGCUCUCAGGAUUCAGUUCGCUGCAGCUCGCUGUCGUCCAAAGACUCGGCGACCUACAGCAACACCGUCUUCACCAGCCACGACAGGAAGGCGGGUGAGGGUGAGCGAGGCGUUCAGAAGCUGGAGCUGACCGGGAAGAGGACGGUGCAGCUGAGGGCGGGCUCGGAGAUCAACCUGGCGUCGGCCGGGAAGCAAAACAAACGCACCUCUUUCAGACAGUCGCUGGCCGUCUGCACUGAGCGCGCUCAGGCGGGUUUCCUGAACCCUCUGCUGCGACGGACGGCGUCGGCUAAAAACUCUCUGAGACGAGCUCCUUCAGCGCUGUUCAUCGAACACGGGAAGGUUUUCCAGAGGAGGAAGGAAUGGGAAACCAAAGCUGCCGCUUAACGCCAGCUGUCCGAUCUUCACACCCCAGCCGCUGACUGCCGACCCUUCUGAACUCCACCGUGGAUUUCAUUUCAACUGACAAACUAUGAACUUUUUUUUUUUUCUUAAAUCUAAUUUGUUGUUUUUUUAUAACAGAAAAUCCAAAUGUUGAAGAAACGGGCGAAUCCGUCAGGAGGAACGACAUCGCCGCUCCACAUCGAAUACUUUGAUUAUCACUUCCUGUUGGUUUAGUGCUGAGCCUCGACCAGACGCUCUAUCGCCAAAUGUGUCGGCUAAACCAGGAAAAGCGUGUCGUCACUCUAAAGCUUAAUUUAGACUUUCCCGCAAUCACGUGGCAGCGAGGGUCAGGUGACGUAAGGGUCGUCAGCCUCACAUGUUCACCAGCAGCCCACAACUUACCGCAUGACCCUGAGGACUGCAUGAACCGGACGUUUGCCACCAUACGUGCGAACGAGUCCGUAUACGCAGACGCCCUGUUAGGUAGAAACAGAACCCAGUCAUGUUCCUGGACGUCAUCCGCAUCUCCAAAGUUGUGUUGAGCAGUUUUCUCUAGAUUGCUCCAGACCAGCUGACAUAAACCGAACACGCACACAAAAGCAAUGACAGUAGCGUACAGAACGCCCUCUUCAGUUUACUUGUUAACCACUAACCUGGGUGGAUUUUUGUCCAGUCAAAGGCUUUUUUAUGUCAAUAAACAACAUUUUAGUUGGCAACGGGAUCCACGGAUGGACCGUGAGGCUGAGCUCCCGGGCACAGAUGUGUAAAAGCCUCCUCGAAGCUUUGCGUCUCUUUGUCUUUAUUUUGUGUCUCCUUGUGAUCGUUUUGUAUCCGUUUGUGGUCCCUCCGUGGCUCUUUGUAGUUGUUUAGGUCUGCGGGCCCCUGAGACUUUGGGCUCCUGGGCCUGUACCCGUUAGGCCUGUUCGGUAAUCCGCAGGCAAACAGGACAACACGCCGGCCGUAGCGGCAUGCUGGUGAGCGGUGAGCAGUUUGCUCCGAUCUUCUCCAAAUGAGCAGUCGUCUCCCGCUUCCUGCCCAAACCUGGGUGUGUUCGGUGCGAAAAGGUUGUGCAGGUUUUCUGUUACAGAGAAAUAUUUUGCACACAACUUUAGCGGCAGCCUCUGAGAUGUGUUUGGUCCUGUUCGGUGGGUGGGUCAGGAUUUCCGUAACUCUGUCACAUUGAGAUGGAAAUACUUUGUGUAAAACUCUUCCUUCGACUCUGGUAUCUUCUCUGUUCAGUGUGAUCACGCACCGUCGUGAAUUUCAGGCAGCACAUUUGUUUGACUUUCCAUUGUGUUUAAUCCCACGUGGUUUGUUAUUUGAUGUAACUGUGUGUUAUAACUGAAAAAGUUUUGUAUCUGUUCUCCUCACGAUAAGCACAAUGUUAUUACACACACGUGACUAGGAAUCACAGACGAUUUACGUUUAUUACCAUGACGGUCACUUAUUUGCAUGGUUUUUCUAUUUACUGAAUUUUAUAAUCUCAGGAGGAUGUAAAAUGAUACUGUAACAUUAAAAACUGAAUUUACAACUUAUCAUCAUUUAGCUUUUACUUGUAGAGUUUUGAAAUGUUGCGUCACACGCGGCAACUACAGCAGAGAAAACAAGUCAGAUGUGAGUUUUUUAGAUCAUCCACUGCAGUUUUAAUCACGUCAAAUAAUGUCAAAUGAUGAUAAUAAGUAAUAUGACCUCUCGUCACUGAUCAGCAUCAGGAGCAUUGAUUGUACUUCAAGAAAAAAGAGAAAUGGGUAACACUUAAUUCUAAGUCCCUUCAUUUAGCGUUUAUAAACACUAUAUAAACAUGUGAUUGAAUGUAAAGUAUGAGGGUAUGAGGGUUUGUUAAGGUCCAGUGUUUGUUCUACAUAUUUUAUGUGAUUCCAUCCUGAUCAGUUGCAGCUUACCUGUGCAUCCAGCAGCCUCCGCCGACGGAGGAGCUGGAGCCGGUGACAGAGACGCUGAUAAACACUGAGAUCUGGUCCCAGCCGCAUCAGAGUCUGUCAGGAACCGGUUACUACAUCUUUAUACACUGGUUAUAAACGUGGAAUCGAGGGACUUAGAGUCUUACUGGUAAAUGUCCUCGUCUGAAACGAUCCAGAUGCAUUUUAAUAUUUGCAUAAUAUUGGUAGUUGGAUAAUUGUAACUUGAGCAUAAUCGAAUGAGGUCAGGCAACUAAACCGGCUGUACUUUUUCUCACUAGUGAACUGUUAUGUACUUCAUACUUCAAUGUUUUAUUUAUCUCGAUGGUUUCUUGUUGCCAUAUUUUUUUUAAUAUGUUUCUUGUUUUAUAUGUCACACGUUCUUGUGCUGUGUUUGUAUUUGGUGAGUUAAAAAGACAAACAUUUCCUCUCCUGCAGACAAUAAAGUUGUUUUCUGUUCCCUUCUCAAACUAUGAAACGCUCAGUCGAUAUUGGGACGUUGGGUGCGCCCUGGCAGCCGAUUGGUGGAGCUGUUUGCCGCAUGACUGUUACAGGCGUGGCUCAACCCCUGGUCAGCGGACCCCGGUGUCCAAACCGCCGUCUCCCCCUACGUUUCCCAUCCGGAACAAAAACCACUCCUUAUAACGUCAGAACCUGCCUGAGAAUCAUCUGGUUUUAAAGUUUUCUUCACUGUGAAAGUGAUUGAUUGACAGUUGUCUUUGUUUCCAAUGGCACAUAACAAAAAGGAAGUGCUAACAGUGAAUUCGGCGUAGUUGAUUUUCAAUAAUGUCAACAAAUAAAGUAUAAAAAAUGUAGGCUAAAACAUUAUAC